AUGCUCCAGUACGAGCAAAUCACUACACCCGUCGACAACUGCUAUGCAGACACCUACAACCGUCUUCGCGCUCUCAGCGCUGCCCGGGCGUUUGAUAGUCUCUCUUUUGUAUGUAGUCGCUGGUACUCUGCCAUGGCCACUUGCACGUUUUGGGACAACUUGACCCGCUACAUCUACGGUGCCGAUGAGAAAAUGCUAGAGACGCUCUUACGGACGUGGUUCAACUCCCCUCGCUCGCAACAGCUGAUCACCAGAGCCCAUUUCCACCACGCCCGCUCCCUGGUCUGUGCCGUUUGCGUUGCCUAUUCUAGACGCCUCAACUUUGCUCUCACCGGCGCCACGAGCUAUUCGUUUGCUGCCGGCGAGAUUGCCAUAUGCAAGUGGCACGAGCAGCAUGGCUUUUGUGGAGUUUGUCUCAAAGACGACACUGUCCUCCGCGAAGAGCCCCCAGAGUACCAAUCAACAUUGUCCCCAGUGGAUGACGAGGACACGUACUUUUCCAGCCUCGUCUACACUUGUGAACAAUGUAGGACAGACGCCUGCCGGAGCCAGAUGCGCCAGCACAAACUCAACCUCAGUAUCGCUCAAGCCGUCGACAUGGACGAACUUUUUUCCAACUAUCAGGCGUUUGGUGAGGGGUCGGUGCAGAGCCUCUGCAUCCAAGUUCAGGAGCGAAGGUGGCUCGCCGUUAACACCAAGAUCAAAGACUUUUCCUUGCAAGCAGUCGCCGCAGAUCGCCUCUUACGUGGUAUGCCAAUGGCAGAGGCCAUGAACUCGGAUCCAGAGGACGCCGUGGUCAUGUAUAGUGACCCCUCGAUCCGAGAGCUCGCGAUGCGCGACUUUAUGCGAACUCAUAUCCUGGGAGGCGGCUGGUUUGCUCCUGUUGACAUCUUGGAACUCUCUCAAAAUCGCUAUCGUCUACCCUUUUAUUGGCAAGGUGCUCAAGCUAUUCCUACCCCAGUCUACCACCCGAUCCGUGGCGAGCGACAAGUGGCUACUUGGUUCUAUGUUAUCCCUUCCUAUGACUUUCAGGAAAUCCUCCAAUCCCUGUGGCAUCAGACUAUGGUAGACAUUCUCGAGACGGCAUUCAAGAACAUUAUCGCAGAGGUCACCGACUCGUGCCUGGUCGACUCGAAAGUUUUCGAGUUUGAUAACCAGGAGCCCGCUCCGUGGCGCAUCAGUGAUCCCGGCCAGCGAUUGCAAUCCUGGACGAUGGAGGAUGUCUGGGAUCGCUUGCUCAAGCAGGAGUAUUGGGUCACGGGCUAUAAUUGGAGGAGUCGAAAGCUGGCAGAGCUUCGUGCUCGGCGCAUUAGCGACGCAUCCUCGUCUGCCUCAAGUGAGUCUGCCACUUUCACCGAGUCUCCAGAUGGGACCAACUCGACAUCGAAAACGACGCCGUCCCCGCCACCCGCCGCGCAAUCAAAAGACGCCAAAUCUCCCGAGUUUGUGGCUGCAACAAUAACGACAAGCGAUGUCUCCAAGUCUCCUCGCAGCCCCAUUCCGGACAUGCCAGAACUCGAGGUGACUGGUGUCGAGGCUCGACAAGUCCAAUCUGUACCAUUUGUUCCUCUCAACUGGGGUGUACUCCACAGUACACGCGCCAGUGGAUUACCAACCUGUGGAUCAAGUCUAUCCAUCCUUUCGUCGCUUGUCAGUGUGGCAUCUGCAAGCGUGCAUGCUCCAACGGGUGGUAUUGUGAUCAAUGAGCCCCCGGCGCGCAAGGCUGAGCAAGAGACGGACGACGUUGACCCAAUGUAUCAAAUGGAAAGCGACGAUGAAGAGGACGAAUCCUUUGCAAGAGACCCAAGUGAUUUGCCCAUGGAAGAGGUCACUGCCGAAGCCGAUGACCGUGCGGCCAACGACCAGACGCCUAUCCAACUCGUCCAACAUCCUGCGACACCCCCGUAUAGCGAUACUCCGGAUCCAGCGUCGAUGCUGAGCACGCCCUCGACCGGUGCGACCAAUGUCACAAUCUCGCGAGUCAGCGGAAACGAUCCGACGACGCCCGUGGGGUCACUCUCGCCGCCGUUUUGUCGGAAGCGUGCGUCGCAGGAACUCGAGUCGAUGCCCUCGACGCCGUCUUCUGCUGCCAAGCGGAGGAGGUUGGAUCUUGAAGAGUUCAAAGGGUCUAGUCCCAGCCCUGCCGUUUCUCCUACAGACGAUGCGUCGUCGUCGCCUGACCUUACGAAUACGUCGGAAAAUGUCACGCCCUUGUCAUCUAUGAUGGCCACGCUUACGACCUAUCUCCCGCUCAAGUCGCAUCCCGAGACGCCUAAGGGGUUUGUCAAGGCGGAUGUAGAGGAUGGCCUCUUGGACUUUGCGCGCGAAGGCGUCGAUGCUGACAAAAGUACUGCACAGACUCAGACCAGCUCGAUGCAAUGGCAACAAUAG